GCGGUCGAGAGUAUAGAUUGCUUCUGCAAGGGAAAAGUGGUGCAGUUGUGGGUUGUGGUAUCUGUAAAGGGGUGAUUUACUUCGAUUCACGUCCAUUUACCCUAGCUAAAGAUGCCUGAUAGCAACGCGAAAGUUGCCGCCAGUAAAGAGCACGCCCUUGCAGUGUCCAGGGAUUACAUCUCACAACCUCGUCUUGUUUACAAGACAGUCUGCGGAGUAAAUGGCCCCCUGGUGAUCUUGGAUGAAGUCAAGUUCCCAAAAUAUGCGGAGAUUGUACAGCUGGUUCUGUCUGAUGGCACAGCCCGCACCGGACAGGUUUUGGAAGUUAGCGGAGCGAAGGCUGUGGUUCAGGUUUUUGAAGGCACGUCUGGCAUUGACGCCAAGAACACAGUAUGCGAAUUUACGGGUGACAUUCUACGGAUUCCAGUGUCUGAGGAUAUGUUGGGGCGAGUUUUCAAUGGUUCUGGAAAGCCUAUAGACAAGGGUCCACCUGUUUUAGCCGAGGAUUUCUUAGACAUUCAAGGUAUGCCCAUCAAUCCGUGGUCCCGUAUCUACCCGAAAGAGAUGAUCCAGACAGGCAUCUCUGCCAUUGACGUGAUGAACAGUAUUGCUCGAGGUCAGAAGAUUCCAAUUUUCUCGGCAGCUGGUCUGCCGCACAACGAAAUUGCUGCACAGAUUUGUCGGCAAGGUGGCUUGGUCAAGCAGCCGGGAAAGAGCGUAGUUGACUCUGGUGAAGACAACUUCGCUAUUGUCUUUGCUGCUAUGGGAGUGAACAUGGAAACUGCUCGGUUUUUCAAGCAAGACUUCGAAGAGAACGGGUCUAUGGAGAACGUCUGCCUCUUCCUCAAUUUGGCAAAUGACCCCACCAUUGAACGCAUCAUCACGCCACGACUGGCACUGACGACGGCGGAAUUCCUGGCCUACCAGUGCGAGAAGCACGUGCUGGUGAUCCUCACGGACAUGUCCUCGUACGCUGAGGCUCUCCGAGAGGUGUCCGCUGCCCGAGAAGAGGUGCCCGGUCGCCGUGGUUUCCCCGGUUACAUGUACACGGACUUGGCCACCAUCUACGAAAGAGCUGGGCGAGUGGAGGGUCGCAACGGCUCCAUCACACAGAUUCCAAUCUUGACCAUGCCAAACGACGACAUCACCCACCCCAUUCCCGAUUUGACGGGGUACAUCACGGAAGGUCAGGUCUACGUUGACCGUCAGCUCCACAACAGACAGGUGUACCCACCAAUCAACGUGCUGCCAUCGCUGUCCCGAUUGAUGAAGUCUGCCAUCGGAGAAGGCAUGACUCGCAAGGACCACGCGGACGUUUCCAACCAGCUGUAUGCUUGCUAUGCCAUCGGAAAAGAUGUGCAAGGCAUGAAGGCUGUGGUGGGUGAAGAGGCUCUGAGUCCUGAAGAUUUGCUCUACCUGGAGUUCUUGGGCAAGUUUGAGAAGAACUUCAUCGCACAAGGAAGCUACGAAAACCGUACCAUAUUUGAGUCAUUGGACAUCGGCUGGCAGCUGCUCCGCAUCUUCCCCAAGGAAAUGCUCAAACGUAUCCCGCAGUCGUUGCUGGCAGAGUUCUACCCGCGUGAUGGAAGGCAGGGAGCGGACGCAGCCGCCAAGCAGUGAUAGCCCCUGGGCUUGGAAUUGUUGUCUUUCAAGCUGUCCUAGCAUUCCAGAGGCCGUACCUUAAAUAUUAAUUGUGUGUCUCGUCCUGGUGCAAUGUCCGAGGGAAGAGCCGUUAGCAGUGUCUGAGCCAAGCUGCAUGCCUGUAAAGUUAUUCACGGCUUCUAGAUCUGCCGGCAUAGGCUGGUUUUAUUCUGGUCAUUUGAGUUAUUAUUCUGGUGUUCUUCUGUCCCUCAUGGCAUUAAAGUGUGCAUGUGAAGUA